CAAUACCUAACCAAGCCUACUUUAUGCGCAAUAAAAUUAGACUCAAUGAUGUUCACCUUAUGCUGCUCCAACUUCAACUUCAACUCAACAAACCAAACCAUUUUUUACACCAAUGUAUUGAACGCCUUUUUGGCAACCCACUUCACUUUGAUCCUCCUUCAUCUCCACCUCAUCCUCCUCCUUUUUAUCCCUUUCACUGUUCAAUUAUGAUCAACACAAAGACAACAACAACAUACCUUUCCAACCCUGUGAUAUCCAACCCUGUAAAGAGUGUAAAUUUUGUUCUCGACAACUUUUUUCUUCUUUCUCAUUGCUUGCUUACCAUUUUAAAUGAAAUCAUUUGCACCUUUUGUUUUCCCAAUUAUUAUAGUCAAUUGUAUGCCCAGUAAAGGCCUAAAAUACUAAAAUUUAACUGAUUUUACUUGGAGUUCAAUGAGAAAUCCAUUCAACAAUUCAAUCUAAUUCAUUUUAAACAGUUUGACUUGAAUUAAUUUCCAGUGUUUUUGCCCUUUCCUGCCUUGGAUUAGGCCUACAAAGUGUAAACAAACUACCAAUGUUUUUGUGAUCUCAACAUCUUGUCCAACAAUCACCACUACUCUAACAUAAUCAUCAUUCUCGUAACAAUUAAUCUGCCAUCUUAAAUUAAAUACUUAAAUGUAUAAAUCAAAUUGUUCCUAGUGAUUGUCUUCCCUCUGUGUGUUCAAAAAUGAAGGAAAAGUCUAAAAAUGCAGCUCGGACUCGCCGAGAAAAGGAAAAUGCUGAAUUUCUUGAACUUGGUAAAUUGUUGCCAUUACCAUCAGCAAUUACUGGACAAUUGGAUAAAGCAUCAAUAAUUAGAUUAACCACUUCGUAUCUCAAGAUUCGCAAUGUUUUCCCCGAUGGUUUAGGUGAUGGUUGGGGAACAAGACCUUCACCUGAUGGUUCAUUAAAGUUUGCAAUCAAGGAAUUGGGUCAACAUUUAUUAAAGACUUUAGAUGCUUUUGUAUUUGUUGCUGCUUCUGAUGGCAAAGUUAUGUACAUUUCAGAGACUGCAUCAACUCAUUUGGGAUUAUCUCAGGUUGAAUUGACUGGUAACGGAAUUUACGAGUAUAUCCAUUCCGAUGAUCAUGAUGAAAUGGCUCAAGUAUUGAGUUUAACAUCCGAGGAAACGGCAAAACUUCGAUCUCUUGUUAUGUCAUCUCGACAUUCAUCUCAAUCAGCAGCCUCCUCAACAUCAACCUUUCCCCUUUCAUCCAACCAAUCAAACUCACCAACAUGUUUACAUCAUUUAGCAUCAUCAUCAACAUCAACACCAACCAUAUCAACAGCAACAUCAACAACGCCAACACCAUCAACAAAUUUGACUGGAUCAAAUUUGGAUCAUUCUUCAUCAAUACCAACUACAGUAGCAACUGUAACUGCAAUACCAGGCCUUACAGUGACACCAACAGCAACAACUCUGCCAACAACCCCAUCAAUCCAUUUAUCAUCCUCACCUUGCUCAUCAUCCUCAUCUUCACUAUCAUCUCUCUCUUCAUCUUUAUCCUCUUCCUCUUCUUCCUCAUCCUCCUCAUCUUCUACCUCUUCCUCCUCUUCACUACAAUUGUCCUCUCAAACAUCGGCCACAACAGCCGAUGGACAACCUUGUUGCUAUUCAAAUUCCAAUUUUGAAUUCCAACGAUCUUUUUUUCUUCGCAUGAAAUGCAUCCUAGCUAAACGGAAUGCCGGUUUAACAUCCAACGGUUACAAGGUGAUACAUUGCAGUGGCUACUUAAAAGUGCGAGUUUUCAAUGUUGACGGUCUAAAUGAAACCCCUUUCCAAAAUAUGGGUCUUUGUGCUGUUGGUCAUUCACUUUCACCUUCCGGAAUAACGGACAUUAAAAUGUACAAUAACAUGUUCAUGUUUCGAGCAAGUCUUGACUUUAGACUCAUAUUUCUCGAUCAAAGAGUCAAAGAGCUGAUGGGCUAUGAAGUUCAAGAAUUGAUAGAGAAGACAAUUUACCAAUAUAUUCACUAUAAUGAUCAACAAUCAAUGAGCUUUGCUCAUAAAAAAUUAAUUGAUAAAGGUCAAGUAACAACCAAAUAUUAUCGCUUUUUGACCAAAAAUGGAGGUUGGGUUUGGAUGCAAAGCUAUGCAACGAUUGUUCAUAAUACACGAUCAUCACGGCCUCAGUGUAUUGUCAGUAUUAAUUAUGUUCUGGGUAAAGUUGAGAAAAGUGAUCUUGUCCUUUCAAUUGAACAAAUUGAUUCAAACCAUGGAAGCAAUAGCAACAUUUUACGAGAAACAUCAACUAGCAACGGUUCAAUCUUGUCAUCAUCCAAUUCGUCCUCCUCUUCAUCAGCCUCCUCAAUACCAAUCUCACGGCCUACUGGUGGCAAUCCUAGUACCAAUUCCUCUUCAUAUUUCCAAUUAAACGUCAAGAAACCUUGUGCAACCCCAUCACCAGGGACAAUUGAUGGGGUUGCACACAAUGCUAGUCCAAUGAGCAAUUCAUCGUCCAACCUUAAUCGAUCAACCUUGCCUUCACCAACCAAUUCAACCACCUUCAAUGGUGUUUUUGGUUUAUCAUCAGAUGUAUCACCAAACGUUGCAAUACAAACUUCAUUAGUUCACAACAAUGCACUUCUACAUAAUAAUAUACCUCCGACUCCUUUAAGACAAAUUACACCCGGAUUGGAACGGUUCAGACCUGAAAUGGGAAAUCGAGAUGCAUUUUCUGGUCCAGGAGUGACCAAAGGAUCAAAUAGAGUUGCUCGUAAAAGACCGUAUGCUGUUAGCAAUGGAUCGGGAAACUCAAAUUCAUCAGAAACUGGAUUAAAUGGUUCUCUUGUGGCUAAAACAAAUUCACUUCAAACAGCUUCAGGAUUAAAUUGUGAUCCAGAAGAAUCAGAGAACAGUUAUUAUGUAUCUGAAUCUCAUGGUGGUGUGUCGCAGUAUAGUGAAGAAGAGACGAUUCCAUGGGUUGGUUCGGUUAUCAGGCCUAAUUAUCAAGGUUUUGGUUAUGAUUCUAAUUUUGUACGAAGUGAUCUAAUGGAGACAACUGAGUAUCUAAGCACCUUUGAAGGAGAUGAGGAUGAAGACGAUGAAGAAGAGACUAAAUACAAUUACAAGGUUAAUCAUAUCAAUGAUAACUCUAACAACAUUUCUACUCAAUUUCACGAUCAUCAAACUCACAAUAAUUUAAGCAAUGGACAUAAUCAUCACAACCAUCAUAACCAUAAUUUUAAUCAUCACCAUCAUCAUAGCUCUCUUUCAAAUCAUCCUUUAGGACAAUCCGCAGUACAUCCUGUAACUAUACAGCAAGUGGGGACAACAAGCCCAGUCUCAUACGAUCCAAUCGAACAUCAUUAUAUUCCAACAACGGGUAUUCCCAUUGAUUCGUUUAACGGAGCAAAUGUUUAUCCAAUGUCACCCAAAAAAAGGGUAAACUUUGUGCCCAGUGAGGAGCAACUUUUAAAUGAACAAUAUCAAACCUCUCCAAAUGCAUUUGAAAGUUUGGUUCACAAUCACAGUCAUAACCAUCAUCAGCUUCCACUUCAUCAUGGUCAGAUUCAUCAGCAAUGGUAGCGAUCAUCAAGUUUGAUCUUUUUUUUGUAAAACUUUUCUUCCAAGUAAACAUCUUCUGUAAAGGUUUUUAUCAGGAAGGGCGGGAGAGAGGAAAGGCGAUAAUUUAACAUUAUAAAACAUAUAUUCACCCAAAUGAGUAAAUAAAUUGAAAACUCAAAAUUAUUUGUCAAAGCGAUGCAUAAAGAAAUGAAUUAAACUUUUCUUUCUUAAAAUUUCAA